UCCAGUCCUCCCUCCUCCAUGGACGCCCUGGAGCUCGCCGUGGCGCCCACCUUUCGCAUUCAUCUAUAAACCGUCGUCACCCGUCGCACGACAACGAGGACCAUGAAGACGAUGACGACCGUGAAGGACGCUCACCUCCUUCUUCUUCGUCUUCUUCUUCUUGUCCUUAUCUUUUUCAGCAGGGAUGUCUUAGCUCUCGCGACGCCGUCCAACCAAACGAGGCCAGCUGUGACUUCGCUCAAGCUCGCGAGGAUUCAACGUCACUUGGAGAAGAUCAACAAAGCCGGAGUUAGAAGCAUCGAGAGCCCUGAUGGAGAUACCAUCGACUGCGUUCCUCGGCACCGGCAGCCGGCGCUGGAUCACCCGCUGCUGAAGGAUCACAAGAUCCAGGUACGUGCCGCUUCCGAUCGCGAUAUCAUCAUAUCUAUCCUCUGUUUUUUUUUUUUUUCAUUCUUUCUUUUGUUUCAGAGAGCGGCGGAGAGGCCGAAGGCAGCGAGCUCCGGCGGGAGCGCCGCGUCUCGGAGGGCGUGGCAGGCGUGGCACCACGCCGGGCACUGCCCGCGCGGGACCGUCCCGAUACGCCGGAGCCGCGUCGACGAUGCUCUGAGAGCCAAAUCGCUGUUUCACUUCGGGAAGAAGCCGGCGGCGCCGCCUCUCGCGCGGAGGGCCGAUGCGCCUGAUGUGGUCAGUGGCAACGGCCACGAGCACGCAAUAGCUUACACGGACACAGUGGACGGUAACGGAGAGUUCUACGGGGCCAAGGCGACCAUCAACGUUUGGGAUCCGUCCGUCCAAGGAAACAACGAGUUCAGCCUCUCCCAGAUCUGGAUUCUCUCGGGGUCAUUCGACGGCUCAGAUCUCAACAGCAUUGAAGCCGGUUGGCAGGUCAGCCCCGAGCUCUAUGGAGACAGCCGGCCGAGGCUCUUCACCUACUGGACAAACGAUGCUUAUCAAGCCACUGGGUGCUACAAUCUCCUAUGUUCAGGGUUUGUGCAGACUAAUAAUAAGAUCGCUAUUGGAGCUUCGAUUUUCCCCGUUUCUUCCUUCAAUGGCAGUCAAUACGAUAUCACAAUCCUCAUUUGGAAGGACCCGAAGUUGGGGAACUGGUGGAUGGGGUUGGGUGACGGGGCGCUGGUGGGGUACUGGCCGGCGGAGCUGUUCAGCCACCUGUCGGAGCACGCGACGAUGGUGGAGUGGGGCGGCGAGGUGGUGAACUUGAGGCCGGACGGUGCGCACACCGCCACCCAGAUGGGCUCCGGCGGCUUCGCCGCCGCGGGGUUCGCCCGGGCCAGCUACUUCCGAAACCUCGAGGUGGUCGACGCCGACAACACCCUCGCCUCCGCCGGCGCCGUCGCCACGCUCGCCGAGAACUCCAACUGCUACGACAUCCGGAGCUUCGCGGGAGACGACGACGACGCGCACGAUGGAUGGGGGACCCACUUCUACUUCGGUGGUCCCGGUAACGGGCCCCGCUGCCCGUGAUUGGCUAAUCAUCAUUUUAUUGUUUUUAAUUUUGGAUAUAUGUAUAAAAAAAAUCUCUCUCUGGAUAUUUCGUGCAUGUUUUGUGAGUUCUAAAUUGAAAUAAUAUAUAACUUAAUAUUUUUAAUUGUUUUUCAACUUAUUGUUA